AUGGCCGGUUUAAUGCAAGUAACCUGUCUCUUAGUGCUCAUUGCCAUAGCACACAGUUGGACGAUUCCUUCGGUUGAUACAGAAGAUCGAAAGCUACUUGAUGCUGUCGAUCCUGUUUGUACCAAAACCGUUGGCACGCCAUCUGAUGAAAAACUGACAACAACUGUCUGCACCAAAGAACUAGUUGCCAACGGAAAGAAACAAACUCUCAAAACAACGGAAGUCACAAAUGAAAACGGCGUUGUGGUAUCCCGCGGCGAAUCUUAUUCAAUCAACACCAUCAAUUAA